ACCGAGGAUGAUAACGUAAUCGCUUAUAAUAAAAAGUUUAACAAUAACAUUGCCGUACGGCUUUUAUGACGUAACGUCGUCCUACUUCCAAUCGUGUUCGGUUAAAGAUUAAAAAAAAAUUAUCUAUAGCGUUUACUCGGAUCGAUGUUAGUUAUCUACCGUCGAUUUUACCGAUUUUAGUGUUUAGUUGAUUUAGUUUACGUCUGACGUUGGCCGAGGACGGUGCUUGGUUAACAGUUACUCAGUCCAUAAUUAAUUACCACGUAUUUUGAGAACAUAUUGCUGGUAAAAAUUCAACCAUGGACAGAGAUUCAAAAAAAUUAUUUCAUAAAGUUAUCGUCGACUUAUUAUGCUUAGGUUCAGUUGGAUUUCCAGUUUUGAUGUUUUAUAUGUUUGGCUCUCCUUACCAAAGAGGAUUCUUCUGUAGUGAUGAAUCUAUUCGAUAUCCAUUUAAAGAAUCUACUGUUACAUCAAGUAUAUUAUAUACAGUUGGAUUAGGACUGCCCACAUUAGUAAUUUUAUUUAUUGAAUAUUCGAUGGGAAACAAUGAACAAUCGCGUUAUUCAUUAUUGGGAACACCAAUCCCUAACUGGUUGUAUUCCGUGUACAACAAUAUGUUAUGGUUUUUAUUUGGAGCAGCUUGUUCACAACUAACUACGGACAUUGGUAAAUAUACAAUAGGAAGAUUGAGACCUCAUUUUUUAGACAUCUGUAAACCCAAUGUGGACUGUAAUUCUGACAUCAAUAAAACGAGAUAUAUUGAAGAUUUUACAUGUAACGGAGAAAGGCCCAGCAAAUUUACCGAUAGUAGAUUAUCAUUUCCUUCUGGGCAUUCUUCGUUAUCGUUUUAUUGUAUGGUUUACUUAGCGUUAUAUUUACAAGCCCGAGUUAAGACAUCUAAAUAUGGAAUGGCAAGAAGCUUAGCUCAGUUUGUGGUUAUUGUGAUGGCAGUGUUUUGUGCACUAUCACGAGUCAGUGAUUAUAAACAUCAUUGGAGUGAUGUGUUGGCUGGAACAAUUUUGGGAAUUACUACUGCUACAAUAACUGCAUUAUACGUAUCGGAAUUAUUUGCGUCAAAAUAUAAAUCCCUUCGAAAACGUAAUUCUUCAGCAGAUGACAUCGAAACUACAAAUAAUUUACAAACAACUGAACUCAAAUAAAUAUGCAUCAUUAAUGCUUCAAAACUGCAUUUAAAUAAUAUGAGUAUUAUUAUGUUUCGUUAAUAUAUUGAUUACAAAUAAUAAUUUACUAAAAUUAAAAAAAUUAAAUUUGUUUUCUUCAUUAUAGUUUAAAAAACAAAUUAUAAUGUUAUAUGUUUGGACCGUAAAAUCAUAUACAUUAUUUGUGUUAAUUAUACCUAUUUAUUAUCUUUAGUAAUAUUAACAAUUGUAAUGAAGAAAACAUAAUUUCCAGUCGCAUUAUUUACAUUUUAAUUUUUUUCAUCAAGUAUACAUUUUCCAUAACAUUUAAGUGUAGAAAAUGUAUAGUUAUUUAAAAUAUUAAUAAUAUACAUAAAAUAUAUACAAUUACAAGUAUUAUAACUAUAUAUUGUGAUCAAUUAUUAACAUACCUAACUAUAUUAAUUUCAUUCAUAAAUGAAUAAAGUCCUCACGAUUUUGUGCAGCUAUUGUUCUAGGUGCUAUUUUUUCAUUAAACAUUAUAAUACUAAAAGUUUUUACAAUAAUUUAUAUGGUUAUGGGUAUAUAUUUUAAGCUAAUAAAUAUAUUUUUUUACAUUAUAUUUUAGGCCAUCAUCACAUCUUAUUAUAUAAGACUAAAAAUAUGCUGCAAUUUAUUUAUUUUUACGCUGUAAUUAAAUAAAAGCACAUUUGACAUUAUAUAUUUUAUAUAUCUUGUAUAAUAUAUAUCACAUUAUCACCAAUUAUAUAACUAUAAUAUGUUCCUUCCAUAUAAAUGUAUACUUUUUGUUUGUUAUAACGUCAUAAGUAUAAUUUAUUAAUUAUUUUACUUAAAAAAGGAAGAUCUGUAAUAAUAAUUGUUGUUACCUAUUCACAUUAAAAAAAAAAAACUAUAAUAAUAUAAACCAUUCAAAUUUUAUUUAUUUAUUAUUAUUAUUAAGAUAAUAUUUUAGUAUUAAAUAACAAAAUUAAUUAAUUUUUAUACUUACUAACAUUAUGCGUAUUAUAUUUAUAUGGUAAUCUUUUAUUUAUUUUUAAUGUUUACAUAGGUAAUAUGCAUUUGCAUUAUGCGUUGUUUUUUAAUAUUAUUGUUUUUUACUAAUUAGCUGCAUAUACAAUUUAAUUUAUAAAUCUAUUUUACUUUAAAAUAGAUCAUGAACAUUUUUAUAUUUGUUUAUGUAUUAUACUAUUGUCGCUUUACAUAUUUAUCGAUCUGAUAAUUAAAAUUGUAUUUUUGUUUUCUACUGCAAAUUAAUAAAAUUAAAAAUUAUAGCGAAUAUUAAUAUAUUA